UAAAUGUGACGUCACUUGUCUCACUGAGCUCCAACACUUUCACUUUCAUUUAUCAGGAAGAAGAAACGUUCAAAGCGUAAAGCCAGGACAAGGAAGAAGACUGUCAAAAUGUCAGGCACUGACGAAGAGGUGCCAAUGGAAAUUUGUACUGAGGGGAAUGGAAUACAGCCUCCAACAUCUCAUGAUAAGUCUGCUAAGAACAAAGAUGGAGUUCAAGUCAUUCUCUCAGUGGAAUGGUCAGAGGGUGCUCAACCACAGAAACGUGAAAUACAACUGACCAAAGUUCUUCAGACUUGGGCCAACAAAAGCAAAUACAAAGGAGAGGUCACAGUUUUAAAUGUUUCAGAAGGUGGGAGAGCUUUGAUAAGGAUUGAACCCGCUUCAGCCGUGAGUGAGCUUCAGGAACUGAGUGGACAAAUACUGACCGGGAAAGAUGGGACAACAGUCAAAAUAAUGUCUGUUAGUCUGACACCACCAAAGACACAAAAACCAGAGGAUGCUUCAAUGAACCUUCCUCUUUCAUACAUGUCCGGGCCACAAGAUAAACAAGUGCAACUGGUGGAACAAAGUAGUCCUAGCAGUUCAGCAGCAGUUUCUACAGCAGGAGAUGAGACACGUUCUGUCCCAGUGGGCCAUUUCUGGUAUUUGAGUCACAUCUACAAGGAGGAACUUGAACGUAUCGAGAAAGAGAAUGGAGUUCAAAUGGUGGCAGAAGUGAAUGUGACAUUUAAAGCAAUCCAGAAAGAUGGAGGCCCAACAAACGCUUUGUCUGAGUUCAUUACCCUUGUCCAGAAGUGCUUAGGUGAAUCCGAUGGCUCAAGUAUUCCUCUCAAAUACGUAGAUUCAGAAGAGUGGAAGGACACACUGAAUAUCAUCCAAAGAAAGGAGACUAAGCUUCUGCUUACUCUAUCCUCUGAAGAAAUGACCGUAUGUGGACCAAGACAAAGUCAAGAUGCCGUCAUUAAGUCCUUAAAUGCAACACAGAAAAUCUUAACAAAUACCAGCACUUCUGCUGGAGAGUCUACAUGGGCGUCUCAAGACACAUCACUGAACAUUGGCAUGAGCAUAAAAGACCCUCUUGUCAAUGAUGGGCUAACCAUGGAGGAGGGCUACUGGAGGCUGAUGACUACUUCCUUCAAUGAGCAAGUAGCUAAGAUCAAAGCUAAGUUUGGUGUGGACUUUAAGGAAUCAGGCAUCGGUCAAGGCAAAGUAGAAGUCAAACCUUGCUACAAAAGAUCUGGAGGAAACGCGUCAAUGGAGAGCCACGCUGUCAGAGCUCUUCUUCAUCUGUACCAGAAGAUUGCCACAUCACCCGUGAGCUUCACCCAACACCUUAGUGCCACUGGGUUCAAUGGCUCACCGAAGAACUUGGACAAUGUUUAUCGGCCAGAGGGGGCCUCCAGUGGACCUGUGUUGAAUGGCCAAUCAGGAUACAGCAUGUGCAACACUGAAACACCCAAAGGAGAGGGAGCAACAGCAGGAGACAAUAAAGAUGAGAGAUGUCCUAUAUGCAUGGAUAUGUUUACCAAUAAGAAACAGCUCAAGUGUAAACAUGAAUUUUGUGAGGAAUGCCUGGCGCAGUCAAAGAAAAGCAUGGGACCCAUCUGUCCUGUAUGCAAAGAUGUCUUUGGUUUGAUGGAGGGAGACCAGCCAGAUGGAAGUAUGUCAUGGCAUUCAAUAACCUCAUCCCUCCCUGGAUUCUCAAACUGCGCCAUUAUAGCCAUCACCUAUACUAUUCCAAGUGGAAAACAGACGGAAAAGCAUCCAAAUCCUGGAAAGUUCUAUUCUGGUAUUAGCAGAACAGCAUAUUUGCCAGACAACAAAGAGGGCAGAGAAGUGCUGCACCUGUUAAAGAGAGCGUUUGACCAGAAGCUCAUUUUCACUGUUGGGAUGUCCAGAACGACUGGGUUUGAGGACCAGGUGACCUGGAACGAUAUUCACCACAAAACCUCAACGUCAGGAGGACCAGCGAAUUUUGGGUAUCCUGACCCCGGCUACCUGAGCAGAGUCAGGGAGGAGCUGAAGGCUAAAGGCAUCAAGUGAAGACUUUGAUACAAAGUGAGGAGAGUUGCUUUCACCAAAAAAAAUUAAGAUGAUUAUUUAAAACAAGCAAUUACUGGAAUGCACAUACUAUUGUAUUGUAUGCUGUCUCUCUUCUUCUCUUGUAAUUUUUCAUAUUAUCAGUAAGGGUUGCUUUGAGGUGCACUGGACAGCAUUUACAGCUUUAGAGUUUAUCGUUUAGUAACAUGUAUUAUCUUCACAUAUUAAGCAUAAUUUUCUUUGAUAAAGGAUUUCCUCCAUUUUGUGUUGAUUUGAUAGUUUUUCAAUUUAUAACAGUAUAAGAAUGAAAUAUCCAUAUAUAAAUGUAACUGUAUUUUAUGUCUACAGUACACACCUGAUUUACUGUUUGCCUAAUAAAUAAACUAAACAAACCCA